AUGGCCGUGCGACGCAGUGUGUUGGAGACACUCAAUGACACGGAGUUAUUACAAAGAUACCACCUUAACCGUGAGGGAAUACUGAUUGUUGUGGCUCUUGUGAGGGAUGCAAUAACAGCGCCAACUAAUCGCAACAACCCAAUCAGUGCCGAAUUGAAAUGUUUGACAACACUUCGCUACCUUGCAACGGGGAAAAUGCAGUUGUGCAAUGCCGACGAUCUAGCGAUAUCCCAGCCAUCGUUCAUAAGUUUUCCUUUGGACAUUCGCCAACUCCAAAGAAACAAAGCCAGCUUUAUGGAUAUUACCGGUGUGCCUGGAGUGGUCGGUGCUAUAGACGGGACACAUAUUAAAAUAAUUGCACCACGUCAGGAUGAGGACGUGUUUGUGAAUAGAAAGAAAACCCACUCCAUCAAUACCCAGAUUGUGUUCGAUGCAAACUUCACAAUUCUCGAUGUUGUUGCAAAGUGGCCCGGAUCCACUCAUGACUCGAGGAUAUUGAUGGAGAGUGGUCUGAGGCAACUGUUUGAGAGACGUCAUGUGCCACCUGGAUGUCACUUGGUGGGGGACAGUGGCUAUACCUGUAAGUCGUGGCUCCUUACACCUUACCUCCAUCCACAAAUGGGACCACAGUUAAAUUACAAUAGAGCACACAAGAAGACACGCAGUGUGGUGGAAAGGGGGAUUGGACAACUAAAGUUAAGUUUCCACGUUUUACAUAGUGAAAUCCGCCUUAGUCCAGAGAAGACGGGUAAAGUGCUCACUGUGUGUGCGCUUCUUCACAACCUGUGCCGGCAAAGGAACAUACCACAGACAGGAGAUGGUGAUGAGUUUGAUGAUGAUGAUGAUGAUGACAAUGAACACAACCAAUUUGUUGAUGAAGUGGAACAAUGGGUGAUGGCCUUGCACCAGCAGCAGGACUAA